GUUCAAAUUAAAUCUCCUUUAGAGUUAAGGGGAUAGUACGUACGGGUUGUUAGGGCAGUGCGCAACUGCCGGCGGAAGGACUCCAGGAUACGAAAAAAUAGUCGAUUCUUGCCGUCUGGGACUGUAUUUGCAUAAGUAUUAUAUAUACCGAUCGGCUUCUACCGUGCUACCAUUCUACCAACGCUUAAACCCAAGGUAUACUUAUUUAUUAUCAGAAGAAAGAAGAAACAAAGAAUAUGGAGGAUGAAGAUUUCAAUAAACCGUGUUUUGUAGUCAGGCCGCACGACGGCACCACAAACUGCUUUGUCCCCAGUUCCCAUAUUCAUGCCCGUUUCUCCUGGAAAGAUCAGAUCUCGACCAUCACUUUGCCGGCCGAUUUACUAUCGGAGUCUCAGGAGUCCCAGCGUCGAUUCGUCCGCAAUUCCCGGGAUCUGCGUAAAUGGCAGAUUGACGAUGAUGUCAUGAAUGCUGUUGCCGACAAAUUGAUUGACAAAAUGCGCUGUUACGAAUUGCAGUGUAAUCUCCUGGUAGACAUUAUUCCUCCAGCGGAGGACGAUCCUGAGGCGAGGGCGGCGGCCGCGGUGGCCUCCAAGAAGCUUCUCAGGAAAUUCAGUAUGCUCAUGUUAUUAGACGUUAUUAUUAUUGCAAUUAGUGGUGUUUUUUUGUUGUUUUGGAAGCGGGAAAUUUGAACUUUUAAUGUUUUUAUCGGAUUUAUGCUAUAGGGCAUGUUUGGCACAACUAGCUGAAAAGAUACUUUUGUGAGCUUUAUAAUAGCUGUUAGCUUUCAGGAAAUUCAGUAUGCUCAUGUUAUUAGACGUUAUUAUUAUUGCAAUUAGUGGUGGUAGCUGUUUGAUGAAAA